CAAUCAUACGCAGGACCCACUCGACUGACGAUCAGUCGAUCACCGCUUGAUAUUUCUCUUGGUGUCGAUCAAUUGAUUGAAGGCGACUCCUUUUUAUUCCUUCGAGUUCUUAAAAUUCCUCUUUUUCUCCCCCAAAUCGGGAGUUCGUCUUCAAAUUAGGGUUUUCGAUUCGCCCAUGGCUAACAGGCACACUAUUAUCCUUAUGCAGACAUCUCACAAUAGAGCAACUAGAACAUUUAUGGACUAUGAUUCCAUAACUCAAGCAAUGGAUGGAAUCUGCGCGCUUUAUGAGAGAAAAAUCAAGGAUAUUAAUCCAACCGUCAGAAACAUCACCUAUGACAUUGCUGAUCUUUACAACUUCAUCGAUGGCCUUGCAGAUCUGAGUGCACUAGUCUUUGACCACUCAAUUCACGCUUACAUACCAAAUGAUCGGCAAUGGAUUAAGCAGCGCAUGUUUCAGCACCUUAAGAAACUUGCUUCACGUUAGAAGAUAUCGUUCUCAGUCUGUCCCUGGGAGAAAGGACAGAAGCAUGGAUUAAUAUGUUGUAUUAAGUUUCUCUUGUUUAAUUCUAAUCAGAGGUACCUGCCUUGCUUAAGAAUGUGUGCAUAUGGCUUGUUGGGUGUUUUGGAUUAAUAUCUGUUUGGGAUUGUACUUUUGACUCUGAUCUUGAUUUUGAAGAUGAAAAUAUAGUCAUGAUAUGCCUGGUUUUUUCCUUUU